UUAGGUUAGGCGCGUCCACGAUGCGCGACGAUUGAGGGGAACUCUCAGGAACUCUGUCGAAGACAUUCGAAGAGGCGAUCCAGGUUAUUGUCGCCUGAUUCGCGUAAUUGUAUUGAAUUCGCGUUGCAUUUUAGUUGUGUCGCGAUUGUAUGGAAGGAUGGCCGAUACAGAUAUCUUUGACAGCAACGAGGAGCAACUGCCGCAGGACCUCGGCGACGAUGUCGUUCAGGAGGUCCUCAAAACUGGCACCGACCUACGCCAGUAUUCCAGACAGAUCGAGAAGGAGCUCAAGGAGGUCGAGAACAAGUCGAUUCAAGAUUACAUCAAGGAAAGCGAGAAUAUAGCCAAGUUGCACAAUCAGAUUGCCGCCUGCGACAAUAUCUUGGAGAAAAUGGAGUCGAUGCUGAUGAACUUUCAGACAGUUUUGGGAAGUAUUAGUUCGGAAAUAGUUUACUUGCAACGCAAGUCUGUUGCCAUGAGUCAGCAGCUAUCCAACAGACAAAUAAUACGAGGCCCGCUUAGUCAGUUUAUUGAGGACAUGACGGUGUCUGAUGCUCUAAUAGCCUGUAUUAUGGAAUGUCCAGUGACUGAAAAGGAAUUUUUGAUUCAGCUACAAACUCUGAAUCAUAAAAUCAACUUUGUGAAGGAACAAAGUUUCAAGGAGGCCAAGUCUUGUUUAGACGUGAAGGAUAUAUUAGAGAAGUUGAAGGUGAAGGCGAUGGCAAAGAUUAGGACAUAUUUACUAGAGCAAAUUUAUAAAUUCAGGAAACCGAUGGGAAAUUUUCAAGUGCCGCAGAACAAUAUGCUAAAGUACAAAUUCUUCUUUGAGUUUAUCUUGUCAAAUGAGAGAAAUGUGGCUGAGGAAAUCUGUGGAGAAUACAUUGAUACUAUGAGCAAGAUACAGUACUCGUAUUUCAAAACUUAUUCGUCGAGAUUGAUGAAAUUGCAGUUUGAAGAGAAAACGUCAAAGGACGAUUUAAUGGGAGUCGAAGACACUGCAGGCAAAGGUAUAUUUCAUAAGACAACGUUAAAGCACAAAGGUACCGUCUUUUCUAUAGAUACAAGAGGUCAGGUUUUGUCUUCUCUAUUGGAAGCACCUAUAAUUAUCCCACACACUGCCUCUAAUAAAACACGAUAUCAUUAUGAAGCUCUAUUCAGAAGUGAACAGUAUGGUAUUUGUGAUCAUGCUUGCAGAGAAUAUCUGUUCCUGAUAGAAUUUUUCAAGGUCCAUAAUGCACAGGCACUAGAUAUUUUCAAUCAGGUCAUGGGAAAAACGUUAAAUCUCAUGAUAAAGAAUUUGCAAUCGUUUGUUGAGGAUUGUUACGAUACAAUUGCUCUGUUUCUCUGCCUGAAUUUAGUGAAGCAUUAUCAGUUAAUAUGUCACAAAAGAGCUGUACCAGCAUUGGAUAAAUACUGGGAGACCUUAACAGCCACAAUUUGGCCUAGAUUUACAUUGGUGUUUCAAUUAAACAUAAACAGUGUCAAAGACUGUGAUCCAUCAAAAUUCAACAAAGAAACUGGUCCACAUUAUAUUACCAGAAGAUACGCGGAGUUUAGCGCAGCAAUUGUAAGUGUAGUCGAGACAUUUCCAUGCGAGGGGACGACUCAGUUAUUGGCAGAAUUGAGAGAAACUGUACAAUGCUUCCUGCUAAGAAUGGCAUCUAUUUUUCCAACCCGGACGCAGCAAUUAGUAUUUCUUAUCAAUAAUUAUGAUCUGAUACUCAGGGUAUUAAUAGAAAGAACGCGAGAGACCUCGAAAGAAGCGGAGAGUUUCCGGGAGCUAUUAAACUCGCGUUCUGCCGAAUUUGUCGAAGAAGUCUUGAGCCCGCAUUUCGGCAAUAUAAUCCAAUUGGUGAAGGAAUCGGAGGCUCUAAUCGAGAAGGGCCAAGCUGAUGAUUUGAAACGGCAGGAGGGCAAAGCAUUGGCCCUAGUGCAAUCUUUCACGAACAAUUGGAAACGAGCGUUAGAAGAGAUAAAUCGUGAGGUGUUACAAUCGUUUCCCAGCCUGGUGCUCGGCAGCACUCUGGUGCAAGGCGCAAUGGCGCAAUUGGUAGCAUAUUACAAUCGCCUACACAAGAUUCUGCCGCCAAACGCGCGCACGCAACUUACGAACAUCCAUCAUCUAAUGGUAGAAAUUAAGAAGUACAAAACAAAUUUUUAGGACUACUUUCUGAAGAAAUUGAUUACUCAAAUCCAAAUAGCUAUCGAUCAUUGGUUAUUUGCUGUAAAAAAAUCAUUUCUAGUAUUGCAUAUGGAAAUCAGCUAUUGGAGCGAUUUUAAAUUCUAGUAAUUAGGGUUAUUUAUUAAAUAAGUAUGUAAAUUUUGUUUUAUUAAUAACUACCGUUUAGGGAUAUUGGGGAACAUUCUUGUAAAUAUAAUCAUAGAAAUA